AUUCAGAAUUAAAAUAGGGAGAUUUUGAAAUUCCCAAAAAAAGAAAAAAACAAUUCAACUCCAUGGCGGAUCGAUUUGGCCCAUAAGGGCACUGACCCUUUCAAAACCCUUCGAUUCUUCUUCCUGUUUGUUGUUCGCUUUGCCCCAGAUUUUUCAUUAGAAUCAAAACCAUCAAAUUUUCUCUUCAUUCCAUCACCAUAUGAUUUUGGUCACACAAGGAGGAGCCGCCGCUGCUGCCGCAGGCAAGAGUUCCAGCUAUCAAUUCGUCUUCCUCUCCGGUCUGAUUUUAGUCGUCGCCGGCUGAUCAGUCAGUGCAGCAGCAAGUUUUCCACGGAUUAUUCAGUGCAGCGCCUCAGCAGUAGCCACUAGCCGUGUUGAAUCGGUGAGAACUGGUGAUUCAGUUGGUACAUCAGCUCAUAAUGUUGCUUGAUGAAUGCAACCAGGCACUCUAGCUAGGCGAAAAGAAGCGGUUUUGAUGAGGGAGAAAGGGUAGGAUUGGAAGGAGAUUGAUCAGAUGAAGGAUGAAGGGAAGACACUCUUUUAGAGACCUGAAAGAGGCGGAGGCUGUUUGAAGAGAAUGAUUCCAGAUUUGAUCAAGUAAUAUGGCACAGAUGGAGAGCACCAUGAGCGAAAACUCUUCUCCUAGAAAACCUCGAUGGAGAAAAGUUGCUUAUGGAGGGAUGCAACCCGGUUUUGAUGACAACCACACAGAUGAGUCUUUCCUAGAAGAUAUGAUUAUGAAUGCCAACGUUGUCAAAAGGGACUUGCUAAAGGUGAUUCUGGAUUCAAUUUCCAUUUCCCAGUACAUUUGCACUGUCUGUCUCGUGGUUUUGGUUUGGACGUACACCCUCAGAUCUUCCUUGAAUGAAUAUUCGCUCUUAGUUUUGAAUGUUAGCCUUCUCGGGUUGGGUUUCCUCAUUCUUCUCUUAACUGCAAACCUGCUCUCCUUCAACAUUCUUCUCAGUUACGUCCUCAAGAUUUUGUUUUUCAUGACUGGGCUGUAUAUGUUGUCUCCCAUCUACCAUAGACUCACCCUGUCCAUAACCUCGGACUCCAUAUGGGCACUAACAGCUUGUCUCCUCAUCAUAAACCUUUUCACCCAUAACUACUCGGGAUCCACAGUAAAAGCUCCGGGAUCUCAAAGAAACCCAACUCUUGUAAGCAACAUAUCUUUGAAUGCUUCUAUAGUGGCUUCGCUUCUAAUUGCCUCUCGCCUUCCGUCAAGACUUCAUGUGUUUGCCGUUGUGCUCUUCUCCCUGCAAGUUUUUCUCUUUGCCCCUUUGGUCAUCUUCUGCGUGAAGAGGUACUCGUUCAGGUUGCACCUGUGCUUUUCCUUUGGGUUAAUGGUCUUGACGCUGGCUCUCGUCUACAGGUUCAACUUGUUACUCUUUGUUUUGUUGCUGUCCGUGUUUGUCUUUGUCAAUUUGGUUUGCCCUUAUUGGCUGAUACGGCUUCAGGAGUACAAGUUUGAGAUCAACGGUCCGUGGGACGAGGCCAAGCUCUGUUUUGCCAUUACAGAAUGAACAUCAAAGCCUAUAUAUUAUGUUGUAAUGUUGAUGUCAUCAAUAAUCUUUGGAGUAAAAUGUAAAUCUGGUAUGCGAAAAAAGGGCUUCUUAAAGGGUUUUUUGGGGAUAUUCUGUUUUAUUUGCUCACCAAGUUACUAUAAAUUUUACCAAGUUUACCCGGGACUAUAGUAAAAACAUUGUAUAAUU